AAGCCGCGCUGCUCCUGGAGAGGUCACUCCGGAGACCGUGUAGGCUUUGGGGCGUGGGGACUCAGUGGUACUAUGUGGCGCGUCUGUGCGCGACGGGCCCGGAAUGCAGCCCCGAGGACGGGACUCGGGGCUCGGUGGACGACCUCGCUGGAGGGACCUGCAGCUCUGUGUGUGAACCGGCGGUCUGGCCCCGCUCCGGUUCGUUGCAACAGCACAACUACAAGGUAUGGCGGGGUCCGGGCACUGGGCGGCUGGAGCCCCAACUCUGGCGCCACUCCGCGGAACCGCUUACUGCUACAACUUCUGGGAUCGUCUAGCCGCCGCUGUUACAGUCUCCCCCCGCAUCAGAAGGUUCCAUUGCCUUCUCUUUCCCCCACAAUGCAGGCAGGCACAAUAGCCCGCUGGGAGAAAAAAGAAGGAGAAAAAAUCAAUGAGGGUGAUCUAAUUGCAGAAGUUGAAACUGAUAAAGCCACUGUUGGAUUUGAGAGCAUGGAGGAGUGUUAUAUGGCAAAGAUCCUUGUUGCUGAAGGUACUAGAGAUGUUCCUGUUGGAGCCAUUAUCUGUAUCACAGUUGGAAAGCCUGAAGAUAUUGAGGCCUUUAAAAAUUAUACGUUGGAUUCCUCAGCGGCUCCUUCCCCACAAGCAGCCCCAGCACCAACUCCGGCUGCUGCUACUGCUGCUGCAUCUCCAUCCACCCCUGCUCAGGCUCCUGGUAGCUCAUAUCCCACUCAUAUGCAGGUACUUCUUCCUGCCCUUUCUCCCACCAUGACAAUGGGCACAGUUCAGAGAUGGGAAAAAAAAGUGGGUGAGAAGCUAAGUGAAGGAGACUUGUUGGCAGAAAUAGAGACUGACAAGGCUACUAUAGGUUUUGAAGUACAGGAAGAAGGUUAUCUGGCAAAAAUCCUAAUUCCUGAAGGCACAAGAGAUGUCCCUCUAGGAACCCCACUUUGUAUCAUUGUAGAAAAAGAGGCAGAUAUAGCAGCAUUUGCUGACUAUAGGCCAACUGAAGUAGCUGAUUUAAAACCACAAGCACCACCACCUACCCCACCCCCGGUGGCCACUGUUGCUCCAACUCCUCCACCUUUAGCUCCUACACCCUCAGCCACCUCUCCAGCUGCUCCUGCUGGACCAAAGGGAAGGGUGUUUGUUAGCCCUCUUGCAAAGAAGUUGGCAACAGAGAAAGGGAUUGAUCUUACACAAGUAAAAGGGACGGGACCAGAUGGGAGAAUUAUCAAGAAGGACAUUGACUCUUUUGUGCCUACUAAAGCUGCUCCUGCCCCAGCAGCUGCUGUGCCUCCCCCGAGUCCAGGAGUGGCACCCAUUCCUACAGGUGUCUUCACAGAUAUCCCAAUCAGCAACAUUCGUCGAGUUAUUGCACAGCGGUUAAUGCAAUCGAAGCAAACCAUACCUCAUUAUUACCUUUCUAUUGAUGUAAAUAUGGGAGAAGUUUUGUUGGUACGGAAAGAACUGAAUAAGAUGUUAGAAGGAAGAAGCAAAAUUUCUGUCAAUGACUUCAUCAUAAAAGCAUCUGCUCUGGCUUGUUUAAAAGUUCCUGAAGCAAAUUCUUCUUGGAUGGACACAGUUAUAAGACAAAAUCAUGUUGUCGAUGUCAGUGUUGCCGUCAGCACUCCUGCAGGACUCAUCACACCUAUUGUGUUUAAUGCACAUAUAAAAGGACUGGAAACCAUUGCUAAUGAUGUUGUUUCUUUAGCAACUAAAGCAAGAGAGGGUAAACUACAACCGCAAGAAUUCCAGGGUGGCACUUUUACAAUCUCCAAUUUAGGAAUGUUUGGAAUUAAGAAUUUCUCUGCUAUUAUUAACCCACCUCAGGCAUGUAUUUUGGCAAUUGGUGCUUCAGAGGAUAAGCUGGUUCCAGCAGAUAAUGAAAAAGGAUUUGAUGUGGCUAGCAUGAUGUCUGUUACACUCAGCUGUGAUCAUCGAGUUGUGGAUGGAGCAGUUGGAGCCCAGUGGCUUGCUGAGUUUAGAAAGUACCUUGAGAAACCUAUCACCAUGUUGUUAUAAUUAACCCAAGAAUUUCUAUAUUCUCCCAGGUCACAUUGGUUCAUUCUUAUCAAGAUAUUUAUGUUAUUAAACAGGUGGUUGUUUUAAAGU